CCGCUUCAGAGUUUUCGGCGAGACACCGAGCGGCCGACAACUUCGGGAAAGCUGAGAAGCCAUUCCUGUGGAAAAAGAUGUCAAGGAGAUGAAAACAGUACAAGGUGUAGUAACAAGAUUUUGUCUGGACUAUGGGAUGAUCAAUGAUUUAAUUUGCUUCACCAACGAUGCUGUGAUGAGUGCUGUGCCGCUGCAAGUUGGACAGAGAGUAAUAGCUCACGUUGAAGAGGAUAAAAUAUCUCAUGGAUUAAGAGCAAUUAGGGUAGAAAGCAUCUGUGAUAAAUGGGAUGAUAACAGCAUAGGUUCUUACACAGUGGAUACAAAUGUUAAAACGCUCAUUGGCAGUAUUACAUCUCUCACUGGAGUUGGUGGCUACAUCAAUCAGACAACCUCCUUCUCUAUGAGGGAGGUUUGUGAAGGCUUUUAUCCUUGUAAAGGAGAUUGGGUGCAAGCAGAAUAUAUUGUCAACCCAACAACUUGGACCAGUGAAGCCAUAUCUGUAAAGCCCUUAAGGUAUAAAAGAAUUGACAAGAUUCGUAUUUCCAGUGUAUGUGGAAGAACUGGUGUGGUAGACGACAGUAUAUUUUUCAGUCUGGAUUUUCUGAGGCUUCCUAAUGAUUAUUUGCCCCAUAAACAUGAUUUGGUCAAUGUUGUGGUUGUGGAGAGUAAUCAGUCCUGUUAUAUUUGGAGAGCACUUUGCAUGGCUCCAACGGACAAAAAUGGAUCAUUGCUAUCUCAAGACAUACAUCUGACUGAGUCAGAUGAAAAUUUAUUGAAAGACAAAGAAGGACUUAAGGUGUCAAAAAUGACGGAUUUUGGAAAACUCAAAUUAGGAGUGAGCAAAAAUAUGGAAAUCUGCAUAGAAAACAAAGGUAAAAUGGCGCAUUCUUUAAUUAGCUGCAAAUUAUGUGGCUGGGAUAAAGAGAAGCAGUUCUGUCUCCAGCUGCCAGAAAAGAACCAGACGUGCUCUAAAAGAAUUUCAGCAUUGACUGUCCCAGAUGGAGCUACUUCAAGUGAAUUUACGUACCUAAGCAAUACUGGAGAACAUGGUAAUUCUGUAAUUGGACAAUCUGAAAAUCUAAAUUGUGGAAAAAACCAAGACUAUGAAGGAGAAGAAACAGCAGGACCUAGCAGAAAUGUACCUCUACCUUCUGGGAGCAAGACUUCUAUAAUUGUUGUAUGCACUGCAAAAAAUCCUGGCCGUUGCAAAGAACUUCUGUUGCUGUGUUUUUCUGACUGCAUUAUUGGUCGGUACAUUGAAGCAACUGUAGUAACAGAAGAAGAGUCAUUGAUAGCAGUUACUGAGCAGUAUUCCCAGAGAAAAUGUCAAGUCACUUCUGAACUCCAGAACACAAAAGCAACAGUGAUUUUACCAAAAUUGAAAAGAAGCUUAAGGAGGCAGCUACCAAAUUUCAUUCCACAGUACCCUAUUCCAGACAGAGUAAGAAAAUGUGUGGAAAAGAAAUCUGAUAUAUUAAUUUUUUAUCCAGACCUUGGAGAGGGUUUAACUCUAGCUAAUUAUCGGUCAAACUUUUCUACUCUUUUGUGGCUUGAAGAAAUCUGUGAAGAGAUGGAAUUGAAGGAGUUCACCAUGUAUGGGGUCACCUUGAAAAAGAAUGGAAAUUUCCUAGUACUUGAAGUGCCAGGGGUCACAGAGGGACGCCCUUCUUUAUGCCCAGGUGACAAAGUGAUACUAAAGAGCCAAGACUAUUCAGAGCUGAUAAUACACUAUGUUGCAUAUAUUACUGAGAUUCAUGAUGAAGAUGUUACUCUGAAACUCAACUCAGAAUUUGAACAGGCAUAUAAUUUUGAACCUAUGGAUGUGGAAUUUACUCUUAGCAGGACAACAAUCAGGAGAUGCCAUUUUGCAGUAGAACAAGCCAUCCAUUUAGGAGAAAAGGUUUUGUUUCCUGAUACUCUUAUUGUGCAAUCACCACAAAUCCAUGAGCAGCCGCAUGAUUCAGAAUAUUCUUACAACCUUCUAAAACAAAGCUUUACACAAGAAGCUAAGGAAGAAAGGAUAGAAAACGAAAAAGGAAUGCCAAAAAAUGAAAGGGCAGUUGUUGUUUCUGAUAUGGUUACUGUUGCCACACAAACAAUAAAUAGAAUCCCAACUUGGAAUAGACAAGACUGUGACUUUUUCAAUCCUCUGCUGAAUGAGCAUCAGAAACUCGCAGUUAAAAGGAUUCUUAGUGGUGAAUGUCGCCCAACUCCUUAUAUCCUAUUUGGGCCACCAGGAACUGGCAAAACUGUCACAAUUAUUGAAGCAAUUUUGCAGAUACAUUACAGUUUACCAGACAGCCGAAUACUAGUCUGUGCACCAUCAAACAGCGCAACAGAUCUUAUUUGUUUACGACUUCAUGACAGCAAGUCGUUAAAGCCAGGAGUUAUGGUCAGAGUUAAUGCAUCCAGCAGAAAUGAAGAGAUUUUUAAUGAGGUAAUAAAGUUUUACAGCAAAGCUGGAGAAGAUAUUUGGAAAGCAUCUCGGUUUCGAAUAAUUAUUGUGACAUGCAGCAGUGCAGGAAUGUUCUACCAGAUAGGAAUAAGACUUGGACAUUUCACACAUGUAUUUGUGGAUGAAGCAGGGCAGGCAAGUGAACCAGAAAGCUUAAUCCCUCUGGGAUUAAUUUCAGAAGUCACUGGGCAGAUCAUACUUUCAGGGGAUUCCAGGCAACUAGGUCCAAUAAUAAAAUCUAAGUUUGCAACACUUUAUGGAUUAAACAUCUCUUUAUUGGAGAGGCUGAUGCAUCGCUUUCUGUACCUGCGAGAUGAGGAUGCUUUUGGUGCUUGUGGAUCAUACAAUCCUUUGUUGAUUACAAAGCUUGUGAAGAAUUACAGAUCACAUGGUGCAUUGCUUGCAUUGCCAUCUAGGCUAUUUUAUCAUAAGGAGCUAGAAGUCUGUGCUGAUCCUUCAGUAGUAAACUCAUUGUUGGGGUGGGAGAAGCUGCCAAAGAAAGGUUUUCCACUGAUUUUUCAUGGAAUGAGGGGCACCGAAAUGCGUGAAGGCUGCAAUCCUUCUUGGUUCAAUCCUACAGAAGCAGUUCAGGUGAUGCGCUACUGUUGUCUUCUUGCUAAAAGCAUCAGCCAUUCAGUAUCAGAGAAGGACAUUGGAGUGAUUACGCCUUAUCGAAAGCAGGUAGAAAAAGUCAGAAUUCUCUUACGCAGUGUGGAUCUAGCAGAUAUUAAAGUUGGCUCAGUAGAGGAGUUUCAAGGGCAAGAAUUCCUAGUGAUCAUCAUUUCAACAGUUCGGUCAAAUGAAGCUUCAAUCAGUGAUGAAAGAUACUUUUUAGGCUUUCUUGCUAAUUCAAAGCGCUUUAAUGUAGCAAUUACCAGAGCCAAAGCUUUGCUCAUUGUUGUGGGAAAUCCUCAUGUGCUUGCCAAAGAUCCCUGUUUUAGUGCUCUCUUGGAAUACAGUCUGAUGAAUGAAGUUUACAUUGGCUGUGACUUGCCACAAGAACUUGAAAAUCAGAAUAAGUGCAGUUAAAUAGAAGAAUUACCAUUAUACCUGGCCACUUUUCCUGGCUAUGACUUUAUUUCCUUAAAAAAAUAUACCCAGAUUUGUUUUCAUGGUUGUUUAAAAGAAUAUACUAUAAAAUAGAGUGCUUAUAAGCUUAUA